AUGCUUGACAACUACAAUUUUGUAGUUAAGAUGAUGACAGAUGAGAAAACCAAGGAUGAGUGGAGAGCAGAGCAGCAAAGAUUUGAUAAGUACAAACAUGUCGUGGAGAAAGAAAGGAUGUACUGUUUCGGGCAAAUCUUCUUGGAGAAAACCAGUACGGGAGAUGGUGAUUGUUUUGAAGGAAAUUCUGCAAUGGUAAAAGGUGACGCAUCUAUCCUGCUUGCAGAGAAGUUGAUCUUCACCGGCAAAUCGAAACUGACAUCACUUUUCGUGACAAUGCAAUGCAGGCCUCAGGCAUGGGAAUCCUAUGUUCAGAUGCAGGUCGAGAUUUUGCGUCUUCUGUUCCGGUUCGUGCAUCAUGAUGUGGUACCUUGGGAUGCCACGAUUGAUAAUGUCGGGGAGCCGCAUUCAGCUCCAGUCUGGGUAUUUUGCGAUUUGGAUGGACUGCGAGACACGACAGAGUAUCCAAAUGUUGGAGGCUCUUUCAAAAAGAUUCUGCACACCAUGGUCAACCAAGAUCGCUUCCUGAUGCAGCCUCACCAAAAUGAUGCGAUCGCCCAUGGCUGGCAAGCUCCUUAUGAAAAAGUGCAAACUUUGAUGCGGGAAGCUUUGGUGACUUACGAAAUGGGCACUGAACGCUGGAAGUUUCCAUUUCCGAGUCCGCCUUAUUUGAAAAGCCUGGAAACGCAGAUGCUGGCAGUGAAGCCUGAGACGGGAGAUAAGGAGGCGAACUUCCCAUAUCCUUUCACCCAAAAUUUGUUGCCGAGGACAUCUGCAUCCGAAGUGCAUGGUGCAGCAGCUUCUUCACAUACUGUCACUGCGCCAAUGGCACCUCCUCCUGCGGCAUCCCCAGAUGCAAGCAUGAAAUCAGCAAGUGAGAUAGCCAUGGGAUCGGAGUAUCAUUCGACGGGACAGAAGACUGAUGCUCCACCAGCACCUCGGGAAAUCAAUCAAUGGGGCACGACAAUUUGUCCGCAGCUCUUAGAAGUCUCAAGUUUGUUGGUUUGCAGACUGACACGAACUGAUCUCUCUUCUGAGGUGGAAGUGCUGGUGAAAUGCAGUCCUAAAGACGAUGCUUCUGAUCAAUGGCAUUUGUUUAUCCUGGCUGCACCAAAGAAGUUGUUGAUGUUGCGUGGAGAAGAAACUAUUGGCAUCUGCAAAAGACAUGGUUCAAACUUGGUGGCAGCAUCGCAGAAUUGUUCGUCUGAACUUUUUGAGAUUACAAACUGUCUGCAUCCGAGUGGACACAUUGCCACGAUUUUUUGGGAUAGAAUUGCACAAGACUCAUGGAGUGAAGUUUGUCGUGAAGCUGUAGGAGCUAUCUUGUCUGGCUUGAAUUUGGGUCAGUGGCAAGACUCCGUGAUGAAGCAGAGUCUCCAGGACUUGAAGAUGCAGUUUCGGGUGGUACCAGGGCAGCCUGGUUUUUUUUCACAACCACAAAGCCCAGAUCGUGCUCAGGAGGCGACCUACGAGCAGCGUUUUCUUAGGAAAUGCCAUAUGAAAUUACCAGAUUGA